AUGGCCGUCGAGCGGCGCGUUACAGAUGUCAACGCAGUCCGUCGCGGGGCACAGCACGCGCUGCCCCACCGCGCGCAGGCUCGUCAUCCGCUCCCCCGCCCCGCCCCGCGCUGCGCUGAUGGGCUGCUCCUCUCACAAACUGCGGGAAACGUACGCGAGCAGGGAGCGGGAGCGGGGAGCAGGAAGGGCAGUGUGAUUCUGGUCAGGGUGGCGGCGGUAAGCCUUAAGCAGCGCGGCGCGAGGGGUGUGGGGGGAUACACAGGCCAGAAAUCACAGCGGGGACACGCGCGGCGGGGACACGCGCGGCGGGGUGGCUCUACCCGCCCCCGAGGGGUCCUCGCGUGCGCUAGGCAGAGAGGCGAGGCGGAGAGGCGAGGCGGAGAGGCGAGGCGGAGUGGCGAGGCGGAGAGGCGAGGCGGAGAGGCGAGGCGGAGAGGCGAGGCGGAGAGGCGAGGCGGAGAGGCGAGGCGGAGAGGCGAGGCGGAGAGGCGAGGCGGAGAGGCGAGGCGGAGAGGCGAGGCGGAGAGGCGAGGCGGAGAGGCGAGGCGGAGAGGCGAGGCGGACGAGGCGGGCACGCGACUCACAAGUCAACGAGGUGCGACAACCGCGGCGGGGCAGGCGUGUGGCGUCGAGACACCCGCACGAGCAGCGCUGGCAGUCGCCGGCGCUCCUUGGGUGCUCGCGAGGCGUAGUCCGCGCUCCGCGCACUGCCGUGCGCGCUUCCACAAGGGCUCAAGCGUCACGCUACCUCACCUCAAACCCAUGUUCUUCCGCCUCUCCACGCCGUUCCGACUCUCCACGUCCCUCCGCCUAUCCGCGGCCUUCCGCCUCGCCGCGCCGGUCGCCCACAUGCUUCUCCGCGCGCCUCUCCAUCGCUCCCGCAGCGCUCUCAUUCCGUCUCUCUCUCCCUCGUCGCCCGCCGCAUCGCACGGCCCCGUCGCGCGCUGUUCGCAGCGGAGCCUCGCGACCACUGCGACGGGCCACUCCGCUGCGGCGAGCAGCAGACGUCGCGCGGCCGCGUGCGCCUUGCGGACGGCGCGUGCAACCUGUCCCCUCUACGAUUGCGGCCUUGCGCCGCUCCCUGCCCCCGACGCGACCGCGUCCCUUGCGCCUCUUGCGCUCUCUCCACGCCGCGUCGCACGGACGCUCUCAGCGGCGGGGACAGGCGGCGAGGGGGUCGUGAGGGGAAAUGGCGGGGCGCGGGAAGGCAGUGCGGCGAUGCUCGCUUCGGGAGCAUGGGGGGAAUCGCAUAAGGGGCAACGGGGUUUCGGCGGAGGCGCACUCCCGCGCGCGACCACGGCGGAGGGCGCCGUGCUGCGCGGGGAGGAGGCGGGCGGGGCCAGCGGGAUGGGGACCGUGAGGGGCAUGGGCGCGCCUGGCGCAACCGGGGCGAGGGGAGGGGCGGAUGAACCAGCAAGGCAGGGGGUCGUGGCGCAGGCGAGGUGGGGCGGCGUGGAGGGGGCGGCGGCGGGGGGCCGCGCGGUGGUGCUGUGGGAUCUGGACAACGUGCAGCCGGAGCGCAUGGAGCCGUUCGACGCCGCCACGCGCCUCACCGACCUCGCCGCCAGCUUCGGGUCGCCCGUGGACGUGCUGGCGUACGCCAACCGCCACGCCUUCGACCACGUCCCCGCCUGGGUGCGCGAGCAGCGCCGCGAGCGGCGUGAGGCGGAGCGCAUGGCGGCACGCGGAGAGUCGGAGGAGCGGGAGGUGCGGUGCGAGCUGUGCGGGCGGCGGUGCAGCGGGGCGGCGGCACUGAGGAAGCACUUUGUGUCGCUGCACCAGAGGGAGCAUGAGAAGCGCAUGCAGCAUCUCAACCACGCCUCCCCCAAGUGCGCGCUCGCCCACUCCCUCCCCUCCACCCCCCGUGCUCACACCUGCGCACACCUCGUGUCCCUCGCCCAUGUCCGCCCCAAUUCCCUCAUCGCCUUUCCUCCGCCCUCUGCACCGCUGAGAUCCCCUAGGCCCCACCGUGCCACAGCCCUCUCUUGCCCUUUGCCCCUCGCCCCAUCACACCCCUGCCAUUACCUCACGUCUGUGCUGCUGCCCGCCCCCCCCAUGCCGUGCGUGCAGGCGGAAGCGGCGGCUGAGGGAGGAGUAUCGGGGCAAGCAGCAGCGGCGGCGGACGAGGCGUUGAAGAGGGACUUGGCGGCGGCGGUGCGCAGCGGGCAGGUGGGCGCCGUGCUGCUCGUGUCGGACGACCGCGGCUACUCGCGCGCCCUCGGUGCCGCCGCUGCUGCCGGCCUCACCACCGUCGCUGUCGGCAUCAACGGGUCGCUGCAGCCCUCUUCCCCAUCCCUACCUCCCUGCCCCACUACACCACAUCCACUCUAUCACUGCUCAUUGCUGCUCUCCGUCCGCUGCCUCGCUGCGUCGCCUGCUGCACCACCCCACACCAUUCUGCACCGCACCCUCGCUCCCCUUCUGCGGCUUCCACGCAUCCCCGCAUGCGCGCCCACUUCUCGGUAUCCAUGCCCCGACCCGCCCUGCCCCAUUCCCCCUCGCGUGCAUGUGCCAUGCCCUCAGCCGGCGGUGCACCGGUGGUUCUGGUGGGGCGAUGUGCUCUCCGGCCGGGCCGUGGCGCUCGCCCGGGGGGAGGCAGAGGGGGUGGCGGGGUGGGGGGGAGGGGACGGGUGGCACGAGGCAGAGGAAGGGAGCAUGGUGGGGGGCCAGGCAUGGGGCGAUGAGGAGAGUGGAGCGGCGGUAAGGGAGAGGGGAGAAGGAGGGAGUGGGGUUAGCAGUGGGGCGACUGGAGCGCUGCUUGAAGUGGAGGAGGUGGGGCGACGGGGGGUGGCGAUGGAGGGGCAGGAGGACAGGUGGUCGCAUGGUGAUGUGGAUACGGGGCAGGGUGAGGGGAGGUACGGGGUGAGAGGGGUGGGUGGUGGUGUGGAGGAUGAGGGAGGGGAGUGGGACGAUGGGGAGGAGUGGAUGGAGGAGGAGUGGGAUGAGGAUGAGUGGGAGAGCGAGGAGGAGGAGGAUGACAGAGAUGAUAGUGAUGAGGUGAGUCGGUGCUGGGAAGAAGGGCUUUUCUCAUCGGGUGUUUGGAGGCACUGGCAAGGUGGCACGGCCACACGCUGCCCCGUGACACCACCACUAUCCCACUGCAAGGCACAGGCGGGCGCUGCGAGGCCAUUGCAGGAGGCAUGCAUGCAGGCGGUGUAG